ACAAGUGAUGGAGAGGCUCAACACCAAGCUGUUCUGGGAGAACUGUUACAUAAUGAAAGAGAACGAGAGGCUGAGGAAGAAGGCGCAGCUCCUGAACCAGGAGAACCAGGCACUCUUGUCCGAGCUGAAACAGAAGCUGGCCAAAUCCAAUGCCAACUCCAAGAUCAAUAACAUCACAGACCUCAACGCGUGCCCGACUCCAAAAAAGACCCCCAACGCCAGCAAGCCUCGCACCACGUACUGAAGGCAGGCAGGCAGGCAUUUUGGACGUUCCCGACGAAUCAUCUAUGUAGCUGAAUCAGUUCAGCCAACAGGCUGUUAUGUAUAUUUUUCCUAUCUAGCUUUCUAAUGAAUAAGAA